GGUUGUCGUCGUGAAAUCGCUCGCAAUGAGGUCGUGCGUGUCAGAUGAUUGAGUGGGUACCGUUGUUCUAUCUGUUCUUUCAUGUUUUAUUCAAGCGUGUACAGACGGAACACAGAAGAAUUAGAGAAUCAUAAGGUGCUGCCAUACCGCUGAGGGGGGCACACUGGUGCGGCCCGCCGGAUGGCCAGGAUGCAGGGCGAUGACCCGGCCUACCUGGAGGUCGGCACUGAGGUCAGCGCCAAGUACAGGGGCGCCUUCUGCGAGGCCAAGGUCCGCAAGGUCGUCAAGCAGGUCAAGGCCAAGGUCAACCUGAAGUUUAAUAUGGGUACGGUGGUGGUCGGCGAUGACCACGUGAAGGGUAGGCUGCAGGUGGGAGCCACUGUGGAGGUCAAGCACCCCGACAAGGGACAGUACUUCGAGGGCGUGGUGGCCAAGAUACUGGACACCAGUCAGUACACCGUCGUGUUCGACGACGGCGACAUCACGACGCUGCGGCGGACGUCGCUGUGCCUGAAGUCGGGCCGCCACUUCACCGAGGCCGAGUCGCUCGACCACCUGCCGCUCACGCACCCGGAGCACUUCUCCAACCCGGUUCGGCAGCGGCGACGCGGCAAGUCCAACCAGUCGGACGACUCGAGCGAGUCGGAGAGCGACUCGGACGCCGAGGGCCCACCGACCAAACGGGCGGCGCGCAAGACCGCCGACUGGCUGCACAUGGUCGGCAAAGUGGUCAGCGUCGAUAUCGACAACAACAAGAAGAAGAAGGACAACUGGUUUCCGGCGCUGGUGGUGGCGCCGACGGCGCAGAUCGACGCGCGGCGCGACUUCCUGGUGCGCAGCUUCCAGGACGGCCGCUACUACACCGUGCCCAAGAAGGAGACGUCCUCCUUCCAGCGCGACUUCGUGCCCAAGAACAACAGCAGCCUUAAGACCGCGAUCGACAAGGCGGUCCAGUACCUGGAUCGGGACGAGCUGCCGCCCCACUGGGACCGCGACGCCCUGUUCGGCACCAACGACUCGGAGACCAACGACACGGCCUCCGAUUCGGCUAGUUCGGACGAGGAGUCACGGGAGGAGAAGGACCACUUCGUGGCCCAGCUAUACAAGUUUAUGGACGACCGGGGCACGCCCAUCAACCGGGCGCCGACGGUGGGCGCGCGCGACCUCGACCUGCACAAGCUGUGGAAGGUGGUGCAGAAGCAGGGCGGCUACAACAAGGUGACCAAUCAGAAUGUGUGGAAGACGGUGGGCACGCGGCUCACGCAGGACGCCGGGAGUCCAGUGAAUACCAACUCGGUCAAGGUGGCCUACAAGAGGUAUUUGCUGCACUUCGAGGAGUUUCAGCGGAAGCUGGGCUGCACUCUGGUGUCGCACACGCGCGGCACCAAGGUGCGUGCCUCCACCGGGCGCACUCUGAUUCGCGAGCGGGACCGGACGGCCUCGAGCGGCAGUCCGGCACCAGCCCGCGCCGUCACCGGCCGCCCCGCCGCCGCCGGCCGCCGGCCGCGCCGCCCGCGAGCGCGACCGUACGCCCUCCAGUCCGGCACCGGUCGUGCCGCCGCCGCCGCGCGUAAGAAGCCGCCGGCCGCCGCCGGUGAAACGGAGAAGAAGCGGGCCGGCUCGCUGGAGCGGCGCGCCUCGCUUAAGAAAAACGACGUCAAGGACGUGAAGAAGGAGCCGCCGCCAGAGGAUCGCGAACCCAAGCAGGACGAGCUCGUCAAGGAGACCGAGACGAAGUCGAUGCGGACGCGGAACAAGGAGUCCGAGUCCGUGUCGUCGGCGUCGCCAGCGCCCAGCGACAAGUCGGACAAGACCAGCACGUCCGGCUCGGCCGCGGCCGGCGCCGGCAAGGCGCCGCGCGAGCGACGGCCCAGCUUCCGCGAGUCCAAGUCCCCUGAGACACUGCCGCCGUACGUGGACGUGCUGGUCGGCGACAAGGUGUCCGUGCUGUACAAGAUCAACUCGAAGAAGGAGAGGACCAUCUACGAGGCCAAGGUACUGCAGGUGGACUCGGCCAGCGUGCCGCGCCGCUACUACAUCCAUUAUCUCAACUGGAACAAGCGCUACGACGAGUGGGUGAAGCGGAACCGCAUCAUAGAGAACCUGAGCUGGGCCCCGACGCGCGCGCGCCGCAACAGUCGCGUCGAGACAAAGGUGGGCGGCCAUCAGCUGGCAUGA